AUGGCGCCUCCCGCCGUGUCCCCCGCUCCUCUGCCCACCGCCUGGACUGCCGACGCCAAUGAGGCCCUCUCUGACCCCCCCACAGUCCGUGCAAAGGAGGACAAGGCGUCCCUCCACGCACGCGAGGCCUACGAAGGCUUCCACCCGACAUUCACCUAUCCCAUCUUCGGCGAAGACGAAAAGAUAUACGGCUACCGCGACCUCUCCAUCGACCUCAAAUUUGCUUCCGGCUCCCUCGCCCAGCUUCUUCGCGUCCGCUUCUCCGACAAGCUCCCCGCUUCUUCCGCCGUCGACGACAUCCAAGGCACCCUCAGCAAAUUUAUUCCACCAGGCUACUAUACCGACGAGACAGAGUUUCUCGCCCGCGUCGAGCAGGACGCGACCUCCUUCACCCCGCCCGGCACACGCAUCUUCUCCUACACCCGCCCCGCCAGCACCCUCUCCCGCAAGGGCAAGCACGUCGCCAUCCCCCAGGUCCUCAGCCCCGAGGAUGAGGAAACUGUCGAUUUCGAGGCCUAUCAUAGCACAUGGGACACGCCCGGCUUCCGGGAAUACCAUCGACGGAUGCAACUCUUUAUCCUCCUCUAUAUCGAGGCGGGCUCGUACAUCCGCGAAGACGAGGGCAGCUGGGAAUUUGUUGUUCUGUGCCGGAAGCGCCGAAGUGACCCUACCGUGGAGACGUACCAUUUUGUGGGGUACGCGACGCUGUACCCUUUUUACUGCUUCCCGGAGAAGGUCCGCAUGCGAAUCAGCCAGUUUGUGAUUCUGCCGCCGUACCAGCAGGAGGGGCAUGGCUCCGCGCUGUAUACGGCGGUUUACCACCACGUGCUUGCGUCGCCGCUGAUCGCUGAGCUGACGGUUGAGGACCCCGCGGAGGCGUUUGAGGACCUGCGCGAUCGGAACGAUUUGAAGCUGCUGCUUGGGAAUGAGCGGUUCAUGCGCGAGGCGCUCGGCGAGGCUGGUGGCUUCGGUGCGGUCUCUGGGUUCGGGCGGGUCGGGCGGACGAGGGGCGGGAGGGGGGAGAAGGUGAAUGGUGUAGGGGCGGCGAGGAAAAGGGGACGGCUGGGCCCGCCGGCGGAUAAGGCGUGGGUGGAAAAGUGGAGGGUUGAGCUGAAGAUUGCGUCGCGCCAGUUUCAUCGGCUCGUGGAGAUGCUGCAGUUGAGGUAUCUGGACCCGUCGGACGUGCGCGGACAGAGGGCGUAUAGGUUGCAGGUGAAGGAGCGGUUGUUCCGGUUUAAUUAUGAGAUUUUGGCGCAGUUGGAUAAGAAGGAUCGGCAGGAGAAGCUGGAGGAAACGUUUAGGACUGUGCGGGAGGAUUAUGAGCGGAUCCUUGCGCUCGUGAAUUGGUGA